AUGGCAGGCGAAAAGCAACAAAAACAUUUUGUUCUAGUACAUGGUGCAUGCCAUGGAGCCUGGUGCUGGUACAGGCUACAAAUGCUGCUGGAGGCUGAGGGCCACCAGGUCACGGCGAUUGAUCUUGGCGCCUCCGGCAUCAACCCAAAAAGACUAGAUGAGCUUCGAACAUUUUCUGACUACACAAUGCCGUUGUUCGAGGUGAUGGAGUCGAUUCCACCUGACGAAAAGGUAGUUCUCGUUGGACAUAGUCUUGGUGGCAUGAACAUGGCUUUUGCAAUGGAGAAAUACCCUCAAAAGGUUUCUAUUGCUGUUUUUGUCGCGGCUGUGAUGCCUGAUACUGUUCAUAUGCCAAUCUAUUUUAUGGAGAAGGUGUUUGAAGGAAUCUCGAAGGAAGAAAUUAUGGACAAUCAAUUCAUACCGUAUGGUAGACCCGAAGAUCAUCUUGUAUCAAUGCUAUUUGGUCCGCAGUUCAUAUCAUCCAAACUAUAUCAACUCUGCCCUCCUGAGGAUGUGGUGUUAGCAAAAGGGUUGAUGAGGCCAAUCUCUAAUUUCUGGGAUGAUUUGUCAAAGAAGAGUGCAUUUUCCAAUGAAAUGUAUGGAUCUGUUAAGCGUGCUUACAUCAUGCCCGAUGAGGAUAAAACCUUAAAAUUAGAUUUCCAACGUUGGCAAAUCAAAAUUUCUGGAGCAACAAUAGUGAAAGAGAUAAAAGAUGCUGACCACAUGGCAAUGAUCUCGAAGCCCCACGAACUUUGCCAACAUUUAUUGGAUAUAGCUUGGGAUGGCAAAGGCCCUCGUCCUCGCCCUGCCAAGGAUAUUGUCGUCUCGUUCUCACCACAGUCACCGCUCAAGGCAGGUAUCAUGUUUGAUUACAAGACACUUUAA